CCCCGCCGAGCCCGCGCCGCCCACGGGGGCGCCCCCGAGAAGCCCGAGCGCCCCCAGCGGCGCACCCACCCCGGGGCAGAACAACCUCAACAGGCCCGGGCCCCAGCGCGCCACCAGCGUGAGCGCACGCGCCUCCAUCCCGCCGGGGGUCCCUGCGCUCCCGGUGAAGAACUUGAACGGGACCGGGCCGGUCCAUCCGGCCUUAGCAGGGAUGACCGGGAUCCUGCUGUGUGCGGCCGGGCUGCCGGUGUGCCUGACUCGGGCCCCCAAGCCCAUCCUACACCCGCCGCCCGUGAGCAAGAGCGACGUCAAGCCCGUGCCCGGCGUGCCCGGAGUGUGCCGCAAGACCAAGAAAAAGCACCUUAAGAAAAGUAAGAACCCUGAGGAUGUGGUUCGAAGGUAUAUGCAGAAGGUGAAAAACCCGCCUGAUGAGGACUGCACCAUCUGCAUGGAGAGGCUAGUCACAGCGUCCGGCUACGAGGGUGUCCUCCGGCACAAGGGCGUGAGGCCUGAGCUCGUCGGCCGCCUGGGCCGCUGUGGCCACAUGUACCACCUGCUGUGCCUCGUGGCCAUGUACUCCAAUGGCAACAAGGAUGGCAGCCUGCAGUGCCCCACCUGCAAAGCCAUCUACGGCGAGAAGACCGGGACUCAGCCGCCCGGGAAGAUGGAGUUCCACCUCAUCCCCCACUCGCUGCCUGGCUUUGCCGACACCCAGACCAUCCGCAUUGUCUACGACAUCCCCACAGGCAUCCAGGGCCCUGAGCACCCCAACCCGGGGAAGAAGUUCACCGCGAGAGGCUUCCCACGCCACUGCUAUCUGCCCAACAACGAGAAGGGUCGGAAGGUGCUGAGACUGCUCAUCACAGCCUGGGAGCGAAGGCUCAUCUUCACCAUCGGCACGUCCAACACCACAGGCGAGUCGGACACUGUGGUGUGGAACGAGAUCCACCACAAGACCGAGUUCGGGUCCAACCUCACGGGCCACGGCUACCCGGACGCUAGCUACCUAGACAACGUGCUGGCCGAGCUCACAGCCCAGGGCGUGUCCGAGGCUGUGGCCAAGGCCUGAGCUGCCACCGUCCCUUGCUUUGCCCCUGGCCUGGCACACGCCUCCCUCCACCAGGUGUGUCCUGGUGGCCUGAGUUCAGGGCUGGGGGGGAGGAGCCUGUGGAAGGAGCUGGAAGCGGUCAGGGGGAGUUCUGGCUCGUGGCAGCAGGGAUGACAGGAGAACCUCAGGCCAGCCAGCUCCAAUCUGUAGCUCCCCAAGACGGCCGCCGAGAGUACCAGAAACCACAGCGACCUCCCUACCGAAAAGACAGAGACCCACCCUCACACACAAACACACGUGUCCUGUUGAACACAUGCACGCACACCCACGUGCCUCUACUUACCCCCAAACUGGGGCAGAAGAGACAGAAAGACCCCCGUGACUCCCCGUGUGGAUUCCCCUGUGUCUCUAUCGCAUCCGUACAGGCUUGGGGCUCGGGAAGCUCAGUCCACCCCCAUGCCUCACCCCCCCUGUGUCAUCAGCCAUCUUCACCGCCUCCUGACUGGGCAUCGUGGGCCCACGAGGUGGACGCCUGCGGUUCCUGAGCGAGCCAGAGCGAGCAGGAACGGACGCUCCCUUCUUCCGUGCUGUCUCUCCAUCCUCUGGGACCCUGACCUCCUUCUCUGCCAGCCCCAGGCCACCUGUCUGUCCCAGAUAAAGGCACUGCUCAUCCUCCCUUCCCACCCCGUCCUCCCCACCCAUGCACUCCCAACUUGGAGAUCCAAAGGCUGAAGCUUCUGGCUUCAGGAGCGAGCGAGGAGGGAGCCUCGUUUAGGCCAGUGUGUCUAAAAGGCAGAACGACAGCAAAGGGUCUGUAUUUCCCUUUCCCUGGAAGUGGGCAGUGGGGUGGCUGAUCGUCUCCGGCCAACCAGGGGCCUGUUGCCCAGGCAACUCACCAGCUCCGCCUCUGUUGAUUGGCUGCCAUGGUGGAAGUCAGCCAAGAUUUAAAGGGACGCCAGUGACUGCUCUUUUGAAAACCUACCAGUCCCACUGUGGGUGGGGAAAAUAAAUGGUCUUUCUCCUCCUCA